UCGUAUCCGUUUACUUCAAACUAGUGAGAUAAAGUUUUUGAUAAGAAUGCGUCGAACUCAAUAACAUCACGUAUAUCGAGAACCUUACGACCCUUAGACGCGAUUUCAUAAAUAAAAUAAUUAGUUAUUAUGGGUGCGAAAAACCAAAAUGUCUUAGAACCAGUGUCGGGGACUACCGCAGUAAAAUUGUUCUUAAAGUGCAUAUUCAUAGGACUAUGGCAAUUGGUGCAGUUUGCUGUACGAAGGUUAUGGAAAGGACACCGCAGAAAAUUUUCAAAGAAUUUUCCACCGGUCGAACUCACCGUAGACUCUUCAAUAGGAAUCCAUUGCUAUAUCAAAAUUAUGGGAGUAAAGUAUCAUUAUGUAGAAACUGGUCCAAAGAAUGGUCAAUUAGUUCUGAUACUCGGCGAUGCGCCUGACGCUGGUAACCUGUGGGUGCCAUCAUGGGCAGCAGUAGUGAGACGACUGGCAGAGACCCGGCACCAUGUGGUCACACUGGACCUGCGAGGGACAGGGGGCAGUGAGUGUGGCAGCAGGAGGGAUCUCUCUCCCCCGAGGGUCGUGGAGGAGUUGUCAGCUCUGUUGAAAGCUCUAGGGGUCUCUGCCAACAAUCCAGCUAUAGUGAUUGGCUUUGGCAUUGGGGGUAUGUUGACUUGGUACCUGGCGCACUGUCGCGGCGCGCUGGUGCGGCGCUUCGUGGUGGUGGGCGCGCCCCACCCCAACCUCUACUGGCAACACCCGCCCGCGCCUUUCUGUCACCACGCGCUUUACUUCAUACAGUGGCCGCAUUUCCCGGAGCGGUGGCUGGCGGAGCGCGCGCUGGCGGAGGGCGAAGUGAGCGGGCUGCGCGCGCGGGACUGGACCGGGGCACUCAACUAUGUUAGAGGCGGGGCGUGGUGGCGCAUUGUAGGGGGGCACCGGGCGGAGGCGCCGGCGCUGCUGGUGGGGGCGCGGGCGGCGGCGGCGCAGCUUGUGGCCAGCGCGCAGCACUGUGCCCGCCCCGCGCUGCGCCUGCUGGCCGCGCCGCACCCCGCAGACCCGGACCUGCCCGCGCUGCUGCUGGACUUCCUCGCGGUGCAGAAAGUGGAGGAGGCAGUGGGUGUGGGCGCGCGUGGGCGUGGGCUGGUGGGGCGCGUGCUGGGCGCGGUGGCGGGACGUGGGCGCGACCUGACCGCGCGCCUCGCGCUGCCCGCGCUCUCCGCACAGGCCUGAGAGUGCAGCAUCAGCUCCAGCUCUCACACAUACAGACUGACAUCUGUUCCAACUCAACAAAUAAAAUCUUCCUUCAU